AUGGAUGGAAACGCUUACAAAACCGAAAAAAUCAACAAAAUCAGAUGGAAACCUGAAAUAAAUGAAGAGCCACAGCAUAUCCUUACCGGGAAUAACAAGAUAGUGUUGUGGCAGCUCGUAAAGGAUGCUCCCAAAUUAUUUAAAAUAAGGGAGUAUCCUUACUGUGGAGCUGUUACAGAAAUUAAGUUUUUAAACACUGAAUUAUUCGCGAGUAGUUCUUCAUCAGGAUCGGCCCACAUAAUGGGAUUCUCAGGAUCCGGAAUAGCGGGCCCCCUUAUUCAAGACUACGUUACAUGGAAACAUAUUCACUAUUUUAAGAACGGCAAUCCCAGUCCUUGUACAGCUUUAGCUGUUCACGAUCCCAGUCCUUUUACAGCUGUAGCUGCUAAUAAUUUUGAUGUGGCUACUGUGGGAGAGGAUGGUCGUAUCAAUAUUUUAACAGCAGAAUCAACAGCCGUGGUUAGGACCAUAGAUAAUGCUGACACUUGUGCCAUCAAGUGUGUGACAUAUGUAACUCGUGAUCAAAUAUUGACUAGCAAUCAGUUAGGUGUGAUGAAGUCCUGGGACCAAAGAUCCGAUACUAAUCAGCCUAUAAGUAUUUUUAUGAAUCGUAGAGCGGCAGUAGUGAGUCAGAUAACUCACUUGACCUGCCACCCGACUCAGAGAUAUAUUAUGGUUGCAGGAGAUGAAUGGGGAAUAAUGACCAGCUGGGAUUUAAGACAAAAUAAGCACCCUGUCAAUAUCCUCAGCGCCCAUAAAGGAGCAAUAUCGGCAAUACAUUUUGAUCAAGAGCGUGCUGAUCAUCUAUUCAGUUGCUCUCAAGAUGGUAAAAUUUUGCAUUGGUCACCAAAAACCAAAACCCAAUUUAUGGUGGGAGAUAAUACUAAUAAUCCCUGGCUAUUACCGGAACAACAUGUGAACGAUAAAUUAAAAGUAACAAGUUUUGGGUAUCCAACGCAAACCCCAUUCAAUUGCAUGGAUAUCAGCGGUAAUAGAAUUGUUUGCGGUUGCGAUAGUACAGGUGGAAAGCAUAUGGAAGGCAUAAGGUUUUAUCAACCUACUCUCAAAUAUCUACCAUUGCUUUCCUUGUCUAAUAAUUCUAAAGAUCUGCGGAUGUUGUGA